AUGGCGGCUGAGCGACAACACCCAACUUGGAGAGCCCGAAUUCCCGACCCGAUGGAUGGAAUCCGGAGACGCUUCGACUUCUCAACGCCUGCAGAGGCCUCUCGGAGCGGCGCGAGAAACCACUUGGCUCCACCCAUGUUUCGUCCCCUCGGCGAACAGACUCCCGCGGCAACCCGAGUCAACAUGACCGAGCCGCCUCCACUCCGUCGGAACUCAAGGCGACGAGCCGGCGAAGAGGAGAAUGACGCGAUUGACGCGGAGCGCGAAGACGAGCCGAGGAGAGAAGUGCGGGAGCGACUCCCCCAAUCAAAGGGAAUGACUCACGCGCAAACCCUCGAAAUCAAAGAGUUGCGAGCCUCAAUGGCUCGGACAGUUGCAGAGAUACGCGCCAUGAAAUCUCAAGUGCAUAAUGCGACAAGUGCCGCGCCGGAGAUUGAUCAAAUGCUCGAAGAAACCAAAAGAACCUCGUUCACGACGAGGAUCACAGAGGCUAGGAUCCCCGUGCCCGGAAAAGUCAGGAUCCCUUUCUAUGAAGGAACCACUGACCCGAAAGCUCAUAUCACGGCGUUCCGCAUAGCAAUGGGACGAGCCUUCACGAGGAACUCUGCCAACCUGACCAAGCAAGAAAAAGACGCCGGUUAUUGUCUGUUGUUUGUAGAGCAUCUCAAAGGGGCCGCACUAGAAUGGUUCUCAAGGCAAGAACGUAAUUCGAUCAACAGCUUCCAGCAGCUCUCCGCCUUGUUCUUGAAGCAGUACUCGAUGUUCAUGGACCGAGGCACCUCCGACGCCGAUCUAUGGACGUUAUCUCAAGAACCUAACGAACCGCUUCGGGAUUACAUGGCAAGGUUCAAAGUUGUUGUGUCCAAAGUAGAAGGAAUAAGUGACAAGGCCGCCCUUGAAGCCCUAAACCGAUCCUUAUGGUACAAAUCAGAGUUUCGAAGGGAGAUGGCGCUGAACACGCCGCAAACAAUUCAGGACGCUCUGCAUCGAUCAUCAGACUUUAUCAUGAAUGAGGAAGAAAUGAAGAAUUUAGACGAGCAGUACGAAGCGACGAAAGCAGCAAUCCAGAGCUCGAUUUUAACUCCGGAUCUGAAGAAAUACUAUCACUAA